CGCUCGCUCCCCUUCCCCUCCCCCGGCGGGAGGAGGAGACUCGGCGGCCCUCCCUCGGCCAAGGCCGCCAGCCAGCCCCACGCCCGCUCCACCCAGCGCUGCUGCUCCGACGUCCGGAGCCCGGCCAGGAGAUCCGAAGGGUUCCAGACUGGCAUCCUGGAGAACGGCGGGAAGCGUCGGGCAUCAAGCACAGCGGUAUCAUGUUGGUCCGGGGCCGUACACCCGGUCCCUGAGCCCAACCACGAGUUCGCACCCACUUACCAUCCUGUCUCGCCAUGAGCCACGGCCCAAGCCCGCGGCUGGCUGAGUCCCCGCAGCUGUCCAAGAGCAGCCUGCUGACCAUCCUGGGCAGCCCAUCUCCCGAGCGCAUGGGCCCCGCUGACUCGCUGCCGCCCACGCCUCCCAGCGGCACACCGUCUCCGGGGCCACCACCUGCCCUGCCCCUGCCCGCGCCCGCGCUUUUGGCCGACGGCGACUGGGAGAGCCGCGAGGAGCUGCGGCUGCGGGAGCUGGAGGAGGCGCGCGCGCGGGCCGCGCAGAUGGAGAAGACCAUGCGCUGGUGGUCUGACUGCACGGCCAACUGGCGCGAGAAAUGGAGCAAGGUGCGCGCCGAGCGCAACCGAGCACGCGAGGAGGUGCGCCAGCUGCGCCAGCGCCUGGACGCGCUCACCAAGGAGCUGGCGGGCGCGCGCCGCGAGCGCCAGGAGGCGCAGGGAGAGUGCGAGGCUCGUGGCCGAGAGCUGGCCCGACUGCGUGGCGCGCGCGGUGCAGUGGACAAGACUCAAGACAGCCCAGAGCAUGAGCACGAGCCAGUGCGCGACGUCGGUGUGGAGAGACCACAGGGCAGCCAGGAGCUGGAUCUGGUAGAGAGCCUGCUGAAGAGCAGAGCAGAAGAGCCUGAGGGCUGCUGGGAUGCCUGCAGUGUAGCAGCUGGGGGCCCUCGGAGCAGCUCAGGCCGCCAGGAACGCAGCCGGCUGCCCUGGGAAGACACAGCCAGUGUGGAGGAGGAUGCCUCCAAGUUGACUGCUCUGCGGCUGCGACUGGAUGAAUCUCAGAAGGUGCUGCUAAAGGAGCGAGAGGAUAAGCUGGCACUAAGCAGGAGCAUCGAGAAGCUGGAGGGGGAGCUUAGCCAGUGGAAGAUCAAGUAUGAGGAGCUGAGCAAGACCAAGCAGGAGAUGCUCAAGCAACUCAGCAUCCUGAAAGAGACACACCAGGACGAGUUGGGCCGUAUGUCUGAAGACCUGGAGGAUGAGCUGGGUGCGAGGUCUAGCAUGGACCGAAAGAUGGCAGAGCUGAGGGGCGAGAUGGAGAGGCUCCAGGCAGAGAAUGCGGCUGAAUGGGGCCGCAGGGAGCGGCUGGAGACCGAGAAACUAGGCUUGGAGCGAGAGAAUAAGAAGCUGCGAGCACAGGUUGGGGACCUGGAGGAGGCCCUGGCUCGGAGGCGGCGGCAGACCACUAGUGCCCUGGACUGCGACCUGAGGGCCAGCCAGGCAGCUCUCUUUGAGAAGAACAAGGAGCUGGCAGACCUGAAGCACCUGCAUGGCAAGCUGAAGAAGCAGUUCCAGGAGAAGGUGGCAGAGCUGGCACAUGCCAACCGGCGCGUGGAGCAGCAUGAGACGGAGGUGAAAAAACUGCGACUUCGGGUAGAAGAACUCAAGAAAGAGCUGGCCCAGGCGGAGGAUGAGCUGGACGAAGCCCACAACCAGGCACGGAAGCUGCAGCGGUCACUGGACGAGCAGACAGAGCAGAGCGAAAACCUGCAGGUGCAACUGGAGCACCUACAGUCCAGGUACCACCAUGACUCCUGCUCUGACCUGUCACCCCUCAGGCUCCGCAGGCAGCAGCAAAAUGCCCCCCUCUUUGGGAAGAUUCGUAGUACCCGAUUUGGCACUGAGGAGGCUGGGGAUGGAGCCAGUGACCUGGAUGAAGAUGAGGACCUGCAGAUCCAGGUGGCCUAGAGUCUCCGGGGCUGAACAGGACUAACAUGAAGCCACUUGAACUGUGUAGCUGUCUACACUCCCUGCUCCCUGUGUGGAUCACUUCCUUCUCUCCCUGGAGAUCAGCAACCCCACUUACCCACACCUAGGGGAGUGAAAGCCCAUUGGAUAUGUAUAUUAUAUAUGCCCAGGGUUGCUUGGACCCAUUCGAUUUUAUAAACAGAACAGUCCAUCACACAGUUCUCAAGCCCCCACCCACUUAAGAUUUCAUGCAGGAAUGGGGCAUGUAGAGGGAAGGCUAUGCGGCCUAAAUCAGGCCUUGGUAGUCUGGCAGGACCGAUUCAUAAAUAAGCUCAGUCUUUUGUAAUAAAUGAGUUCAAGCUCUCAGGACUGAGUCUCAAAAGUACUGCAGAUAUGGGGAGAGGGCAUGGUGGAUCAGCACCUACCUUCACCUAGCAUUGAACUAGAGCCCAGGAUUGCUGUUGAUUAAAUGGAUGAAUGAAUAUCCAAGUAGCUGAAGGGUCUGGUAUCUAGCCCCUGCCAGGGAAGAAGGGAGUGUGGUGUCUAUCUUAUCUGGAUAAGAAGAGACCUAAGUUCCAGAACCUCAUGGACUCAAAUCUCUGCUCUGCCCUUUACUGACUGCGCAACCUCAGGGAAGUCCCUUGUCUUCUCUGAGCCUCAGUUUCUCCAUCUGUAAGUUAAGGUGUCUCAUAGUUCAUUGUGUAAAACAGUCACUGUGUAAGCCUGACAACCUGAGUUUGAUUCCCCAGAACCCACAUAAAAAU